UUGGGACAGGGAAGGCGACAAAGGCGCUCCUUCAAGGCAGCGAGAUUCUUGCGACCGAUUCGAUCGAUUCCCAGGUUUUCCUUCUUGCGAUUUUGUUCUUGUCUCGGCUGCGGUGAGAAUCUUCUUCCUCCAUUCCUCCGAGCAGCAGAGAUGUCUGCUACAAUCGACAAGGAGUCUCCAUUCGGCGCCAGGCUGAGGCGCUACCAUGAAAAUCCGCUCUUUAAGAGCUCCCCCGCCGAUAAUCCGCCCGCUAUCAUCGGCGACCUUGACUUAUCGUUCAAAGAGAAUGCGACUGUGGAUAGUGGAGGAAAAUUCAAGGUCUGGAAUUCUUCCAUGACUAAGACCAGCUCCAAGAGGAUCCUUGGGGAAAGUAAUUGCUACCAGGAACAGGACUGGUGUGCUGUGGAGGAGGAGCCACCAAAGUCUAUCAGAGCAUUAUCGUUCUCCUCCGAGAGAAACAGUGCUGAUAGCAGCGACGAGAGCUUGUCGUCGCUGUCGACGUCUCCUCCAAGCCCAACUUCGCGGUUUACUCUCUCUCCACCCAUGUCGCCGAAUGGAUCGGAGAGCUCGAGUGGUUCUGUGGAAGGUGGCCAUAGGUAUGAUCCGAAGGUGAACUUGCGGACUCCCCGGCCGAAGUUUUUGAGGUACCGCCCGGACUGGCGUCUCGAGUUUCUCAGCAGUCUCGAGCUUAAAGAAGGUGAGACUCUGGAAAGUGCCAUCGAGUCUCUCAAGUCUCGAGAAGAAAACGCAGCGGGUGAUGCAAGUGUUUUGUCCGCGGACAACGAAGAAGAGGAUUGUCUCAGCAACGAAAAGCGUUCGUUUCACGUCGAAGAUGUUGCUACCGAGGUUCUUACCGAAGGAUGUAAGAGCUCUACAACCACUGAAGAACAGCAGCAAAGUUUGACCGACCAUUUCCAGGAUGGAAAGCUAGGCGAUGAUCAGUCACCGAGGGCGAUAGAAGGGAAGGAAGAUGGUGAAGUGGGAGCGACUAAACAGGAGGAAGCGCCACUAUUCGGCACGACUUUGAGAGCAGCAUCAUUCAUGCUGCUGCUGGGAAGUUUUGUAGCAAUCGCUACAACGCUGAUCAUAGCGGAUACAGACAUUGCGAGCGACAGCAGUGUCUCCACCUUGAGGCAGAAGUUCACUCGAACUAAGCGUCUUGAAGACACGGUGACAAGAGACUUCGCUGACUUCGACGACUGGGAAUGGUCUCCUGACUACGAUGUAAGCGAGAGCUUUCGCAAUCAGAGCACAGGUCUGAGCCUAUUCUCGACGGAUUCCUUGGAGCUGGAUGCGCUGCUCAUGGCGAUCAUGUACGGGUCCGAGCGAGACGUCCAGCAGAGAUACUUGGAGCUGAUGGAACACGAAGACGUCGAGUUUUAUCAUGAUGUGGGAAGCAUCUUUGCCGGCGGGUCUUUGGAGUUCACAAAGGCCGAAGAAGAAGCAGAAAAAGAACCGUCAGGAGUCCAAGGAGAGCAAUCAAGUGACGACGACGUUGAUGUACGUGAUCAUACAGAAGUUCACAGCGGCGAGAGCUUGUCCAGUGUUGGUGACGAGCUUCCGGAGCUCGAGAACGUCGACGACUUACAGAUGUAUUUUCCUCGCUUGCUGGCCAAAGGCGAGCUCCUACCGCGGUCGACGACGCCAGCUUCCCAGCUCUCCUUGGUAGUGGCGAUCGUCCUCGUGGUUGCUCACGUCUUCUUCCGUGUAUAUUGUCAUCGAUCGCGCACCGGCAGCAUUUCUAGAACACAGCCACUGCUGGCGCGAAGUCCGCGUCCAACAGCAGCGAGUCCUCCCACGAAGACGUUGAUCGAUGAUAUCCUCCCCUCGGAGAAAGGCUCCUCCGCGUACGGUAGCUUCACGGCUUACAAGCGCAUCGUCGUCAACGAGGGAUCAAACAAGGAGCUCGUUACGCUCACUCCAGUUCGACGCUCCAGCCGCAUUCGAGACCAGCGGAGCUUAAAGUCGAGGUCUCCUUGUCUUGUGAGGCGAAUCCUCUUGUCACCGGCUUAGCUCAAACAAGAAAUCAAAGGUAUGUAUCAGUUUACUUCUCUUCUCUUGUGUAUAAAUACCGUUUCCAUCCAGUUUUAAGAAUCUCUCGCGCACCUGUUGACAAAAAAAACGAAGCGUGGGAUUUGUUUGGUGAGAAAGUCCAAAUCCAACAACUUGCAAAGGCAUUUGACAACGUGUGUGAGGCUUUUGACCCAAAGAUAUUGAUGUUGCAUAUUCGAUCCCCAUAUUCUCGGGGGACGAUGAUACGAUCCCUUGCAUUGUAUGGUAUCUUUAGAGUCAUUGAUCGUCAACUCGAUUAGAAAACCAUGGUCGCCCGAAACCCAA